CAUUAUAAAGCAGGUUGUCUAGACUGUGGCCAGGCCACUGUAACACUGUCCCCUCAACCUCUUCGGCCGCCUCCAACGCCAUCAGCCCCACACAGCCCAGCCAUGACAUCCUACAGCCGAGUGGCCCUGGUCACUGGGGCCAACAGGGGCAUUGGCUGGGCCAUUGUGCGAAGCCUGUGCCAGCAGUUCUCGGGGGACGUGGUGCUCACGGCGCGGGAUGCAGCACAGGGUCAUGCGGCUGUGCAGCAGCUGCAGGCCGAGGGCCUGAGCCCGCGCUUCCACCUGCUGGACAUCUGCAACCGGCAGAGCAUCCGGGCCCUGCGGGACUUCCUGCUCAAAGAGUACGGGGGCCUCAACGUGCUGGUCAACAACGCGGGCAUCGCCUUCAAGGAUGAUCGCACAAGCUUACAUUUUCAAGCAGAAAUGACUAUGAAAACCAACUUUUUUGGUACCCAAGACGUCUGCACGGAGCUGCUGCCUCUAGUGAGACCCCAAGGCAGAGUGGUGAAUCUCUCUAGCACACUGAGCUUGUUAGCUCUUAAAUGCUGCAGCCCAGAACUACAGCGGAAGUUUACAAGUGAUACCAUCACAGAGGAGGAGCUGGUGGGGCUCAUGAACAAGUUUGUGAAAGAUAUAAGGAACAGUGUCCACCAAAAGGAGGGCUGGCCUCAUCAGAAAUUCGCUGCCUAUGCAAUGACAAAGCUCGGCAUCAAUGUCCUGUCCAGAAUCCAGGCCAGGAAACUGAGUGAGCAGAAGAGUGGGGACAGGAUCCUUUUGAAUGCCUGCUGCCCUGGAUGGGUGAGAUCCGACAUGGGGGGACCCGAGGCCUUGAAAAGCCUAGAAGAAGGAGCAGAGACCCCUGUGUACUUGGCCCUUUUGCCGUCAAAUGCUGAAGGCCCUCAUGGAGAGUUUGCUUUGGAGAAGAAAGUUGUACAAUGGGAACCUGGCUCAGAGCUCCCUGCAUGGGUGCAAUUAUGUGUUCGUUUGUGAUUUGAGCAAGAGGAUGUGAAUAGUGUCAAAAACAUCCCAGCCCAGACAAACAAACAGAAUGAUGGAGUGCUCUGAGUGGGAUACCCAUUCUGUAAAAUCUUUACUAAUUUAUUCUGUCAUGAAAGGUGACAAAAAAUGGAAAGACAAUAAUAAUGAAUGAAAAUCUUAGAUGAAUAAAUGAUUCUUUACAAACA